UUGGGUAGAGUGGGCUUCAUGUCUUGGUGUUGCGGUCAGCAGCUGGCUUUUUCUAAGAGGUAUCAUUCAGCCAAGCUUUUGGUACUUCUUGACGUUGAGUAAGUCACAUCCUCAACAAGUCAUUGGUGCUAGAGGCAAGCGUUAACGUAUCAAUCGCCAUUGUUUUACAUGUCAGUUAUUGCCUGGACCAUCAAGACUCAAUGCCUUAUGCAAAUUCUUACAAACAGGAUUUCCCUUAUCCUCUACAACCCUGAGAAGGCCAGAAAGCUCAAGGUCUACAUUUUCCUGGCCAUCGGCGUCAUCAAUGUCAGCGUGUUCAUUGUCUGGAUCCCUGCCCGCCUCCAGGUGAGCGAGAUGUGGAUCCACGUCAACGAGGUCUGGGACCGAGUUGAAAAGUUUCUAUUCAUGGCCGUUGAUGGUGGCCUCAAUUAUUACUUUAUGUGGCUUAUCAAGUCGAAACUAGUCGCCAACGGGUUGACAAAGUACAGACUCGUAUACAGAUUUAAUCUGUUUAUGGUCUUUAUUUCACUUUCGCUUGAUGUCCUGAUCAUUGGUCUCAUGUCUCUUCGCAACGACGCUCUUUACGUCCAAGUCCAUCCUCUAACCUACAUGGCCAAACUUUACAUUGAGAUGAAUAUUGCCGAAUUCCUCGGCAAGAUCCUCAAGCAAUCGAACCGUCGACACAAUUCCUUUUCUCUGUCGAACGACUACCACAGUUUCACUACCUUUGAUGGCUGGCGCCCCGAUCUCGAAGCGACCGGCAACCCGCACGACUACAUUUUCAACCGCGAAUGGCGGCGGUCGAAGCACCAAUUUCACAUCAAGCCUUCUGGCGGGCAGAUGCACCCGCUCAACAUGGAUAUAUUAACAGGCGGGGAGGAGAACCAUGAUCGUACAAACAAGUGGGGUGGAAUUCAUGGGGCUGGGUUGUACGACAUCUCUGCGGAAAAGGAGGACGAAGUAGGAAAGCCAUCGACACCAAGCGAAGUUCGUGUCAGAGAUUCGCCAUGGUCAAUGAUGGAUGUCAAGAGGCGAUCGAGCAGUCAAGAGUCAAGGCAGUCGAGGAGGGUUCGGCCUAGGACGCAGCGCGCAGAGACUUGUGCUGGGUACGACGAUGGAAAAGACAACAAUGGAGAUACUGGUGUGGAUAGGCCGCGUGCCAACCGUUGCAUUUCGCAGGAUUAUCGGAGAUCAAGAAGCAAUCGGGAUAAUGGUGUUCAAACAGACCUGGAUACCGAUGGACUGUUGCAAGGAGCGAUCCCACCAACAAAAACCUACAGUGACCAUGGACAAGGGGGAUAAGAGUGGCUUCAAAAGGCUUGGCUAAGGAAAUCCGAAAGCUUAAAGCCACACUGUAAGAUCAGAAUCGCUUGGCUCGCAAGGGGAGACAGGUUCACCGAGAAUUGCAUCGACAACGGCUGACUACCCUGCCCUGCCAUUACGCAAGAACAUCUCCGGACACAUGACGUCGACAAAGCCGAACCGCCAGGUGCAAUCACAACUUCAUAUCCUUCGAGGCAUUUUGCACGAC